AUGCGAUGCGCGAGCAAGGCCGCCGAGAGCGCGUCGGUACGUCUCUGUGCGGACGCCGAAGCAGAAACAACAGCAACUGAUGUCUCAUCGGUUGCUGAAGCGACUCAGCCUGUGUCACCUGGUGAUGCAGGCGCUCGUCAUGAAGACACUCAUGUCUUCACAGAGUAUGAGCUCGGUGUCUCAUACUCUCCUGAUACGGAAGACGGAUCCGUAUCGACGGCGAUCGAAUCUAAGCCGCCUGCCAAGCGUGGCAUGGAUGAUGCUAUGCGUCGUAGCAUCUUUGGUUCAUCUGAUGAAUCAGAUGAACCAUCGCCGAAGCGAAGGCGCUCGAGGUCGCGAGACUCGGGCGUUAACAGUGGUGUCUGUUCUCCUAUUGACACCACUUCACAGCGAGGUGCCAGUACUUCUGUCGGCACAUCGCAGGAAGAGCGGGACCGCAGUGUGUUGCGUCUCGCUCCUGAAAAGAAGGAUCCAUCACCUUGA